AGGCAAUUCAGCUCCUCCACAUCCCGGGCAAAGGAGAUCCAAGACGCAUACAUUCUCAGUGCAGUCAGAACCCCCGUCGGAGUUUUCAAUGGAGCUCUCUCGUCGGUAUCAGCACCCAAACUCGGCUCCUACGCCAUCAAGGAAGCCAUUGCCCGUUCAAACGUCCCCAAAGAGCACAUUCGCGAUGUCUACAUGGGCCAAGUUUUGCAGGGAGGUGCCGGUCAAGCACCAGCAAGACAAGCAGCCAUCUUUGCUGGCCUCGAUCCCUCGGUAGAAGCGACAACCAUCAAUAAAGUAUGCGCCUCGGGCAUGAAGGCCGUCUCAAUAGCCGCCAUGAAGAUCCAGCUCGGAUUGGCUGAAGCACAAGUUGCUGGAGGAAUGGAAAACAUGACCCAGGUCCCAUACUACCUGCCACGAUCAUCUCAACUCCCGCCGUUCGGCAACAUCAAGCUCGACGACGGGUUGAUCAAGGAUGGUCUGUGGGAUGUAUACAACCAGAUUCACAUGGGCAACUGCGCCGAGAAGACAGCCAAGGACCACGGAGUCACUCGUCAAGAGCAGGAUGAUUACGCUGUUCAAAGUUACAAGCGCGCACAAGAAGCCUAUAAACAGGGACUCUUCCAGGAAGAGAUUGUUCCAGUGACAAUCAAGGGCAAGAAGGGCGAUACAGUCGUGUCAGAAGACGAGGGUGUGUACAGACUCAAGCUUGACAAGGUGCCUACCCUGAAGCCUGCCUUUGACAAGUCUGGCUCGGGUACCGUGACAGCUGCCAACAGCUCGGGACUGUCAGACGGAGCCUCGGCAUUGGUUCUUGGUAACAAGGAGUUGGCCAAGAAGUACGGCAAAGGCAACAAAUUGCUCGCACGUAUCGUAGCAACGGCAGACGCAGCAACCGAUCCCAUCGACUUCCCGAUCGCACCCUCCAAGGUCGUCCCUAUCGUGCUCGAAAGAGCAGGCAUCACCAAGGAUCAGGUCAAGGUGUGGGAGUUCAAUGAGGCCUUCGCCGCGGUAAUCAAGGCAAAUGCCAAGAUUCUCGGACUUGGUAACGACAAUGUCAACCCCAGAGGCGGAGCAAUCUCGCUCGGACACGCAUUGGGAAGCUCAGGGUCAAGAAUCUUGGUGACGCUGCUGCAUCAACUCAAGAAGGGCGAAUAUGGCUGUGCUGCCAUCUGCAACGGAGGUGGUGCAGCGACGGGUAUCGUGGUGCAAAUGGUCGAUGCAGAUGAGCUGUGA